GUGAGUGGCAGUGAGUGGGUGAAGUCUGCAGGGCGGUGUUCAGUUGUUCUCUGCGCGUUAGCUCCAUCCUGCCUCCCUCUCCCGCUCUUCUCCCAUCUCCCACGCCUCUCCCAGGCCGCACAGCUCUCCCAGCCCACGCCUCAGCCUCGCCGCGGGUGUAGUGCGCGUCGUAACCCAUGAACCCACGCCCUCGCACGCCAGGAACACGCAGAUACACUACUUAACGUCAAUUCUUGUCUGUACUCCGUCACCUUAUCAAAGCUAAACAACGUGGUUCUAAAAACGUUAUUUCUCGGUGCACGGGCGUGUUUCCGAGGGCGUGGGCGUGUCCGGGGCUCCUUCCACACCCCCUUGGGCCAUGGGACGCCCCACGGACCCCCUCCUGCUGUGAGAAAGAGAGAUAGAGAGAGAGAAAGAUGGAGAGGGUAACCAAGCGAAGGUUUUACUCGUCUCUGCUGUUACCGCCCUUACCGCUGCUGCUGCUGCUCCUCCUGGCCGCUGCAGGCACCUCAGCGGUUGACCUCCAUUUCCAAAACCCAGACAGCGGAUUUUUCCUACGCCCCGAGGAGCCCCAGCACACUUUGGGCGUGGGCGCGGGUGUGGGCGUGGACGGAGGCGUGCUGGAUGUGGAGCGGUUUACUGUCUUAGAUCCUACACGCCCCGCUCUCAUCCGCGCUACGUACGGUCCAUUUAGCACGAAGCAAACUGUCCCAGCUCGGUACAUCCUCCCAGAAUUUCCUGAAGAUGAGCCGAACAAUGCGUCCCAGGUGGAGAUACUCGGCCCGCAUGUCCCGCCAGUCCCACAUCAGUUGGAGGUCUCAGCGCAUCUUGUUAACAAAGUGGUGUCUCGCGCCCAGCCUGCUCUGCGCGUUCUGGUUCACGGGGCAGGCGCCAGAGGGCAUCAUUCACCACAUGUGUGCGUGACUGUCAUCGCUAGACACGCCUCAGAUGCCCUUUCAGCCUCCUGCACGCCUACCGGAGCUGGAGAGACGGGCGGGGAUGCAACAUGUCUCAUCUCCUUAGCUGUGCCUUCCCGCUGGUGGCCGCCUCACUCCCGCGCCACUGUCAAAAUCCCUCGCGUCGCUGUCCAAGUCUCGUAUCUCGUCGGUACAGCGCCAGGGCCGAGUGAGUGUGCAUCCAGGGACGCCGGUACCCCCUCUCUUGGCGGGCCCAGGGUCACGGUACAGCCAGAAACGAGUGUGGGAGAUGUGGUACUAACGCUAGACACGCACGGUUACCAAGAGCUCUCCACUGACUCUCUAGUACAUGUGUUGGUUCCCCGGGCCCCGCUGCAUCCUGGUACCACGAUCCAUGCUCCGCUAUACCUGCACCCUCCUGGUAACCUGCCCGCGCUUAUCUUGGUGCUGAGAUGCAAGGCGAGAGACGGAGUGCGCGUGGCUGGCGUCGAAUCUUCCUCCUCCGCGUGGAAUUUAACAGUGGAUGUAAAUGCGAGGCGAUCUGUGGCUUCCGUGACAGCCCUGCUCACUGACCCGCCCACCAAUAACACCUUGCACAAUUUGGGUCUCCACGAGGUGCUGUCAUGGGUGCUGGAGGUCCCUGAGCACGUGGGGGCGGGUGAGGCGCGGGUGACGUGGUCUCUGCGGUACCUGAUGGACGCCCACAGGAGGGAAACUUUCUCCGGGACAGACUCAAGGAAGAUGACCGCCAGGCUCACUAUACUUAAGGACGACAUACAGGCUGUCCUCCCGAUUGCCAAGAGCUGGUCCAUCGUUAACACCGCCGUGCUAACAGGGAGGCAGGUGUCCCGGGCCAUGAAGGUGUUAAUUGUGUCCCAGGCUGGCAAAGUGGCGGAUGUAACACUGCAGUCCUCGUGUAACUGUACGGACGAGGCGGCACUGAAGGUAUCCACAUCGUGUACCUCAGUGUACCUUGACGGGUCAGAGGUACGGGGCAGCCAUAACGCUACGGUCAUCGCACGGUACGACAUCCUCACUGGUUCAGCCUCCUUCACCGUCUGGAUGCCUGAGUUACCCCUUACAGUGCACGUAGAGGACACCAAACUCUCACAAAUCAGGGGGUGGCGCUCCCUGGACCCCGCCACUACAGCAGGGUACAGCAUGAAGCACCCCCCUGCCUCUGUCGUCUCUGGUGUGGCGCUGGCAGGGGGCAGAAGAGGACAGGGGCCUAUUGAGAAUUCUGUGUCGCCCCCCUGCGCUGUCAGAUAUCAACAAACUCCCGUUCAGGUCUACGGUCGCUUUGUAGCAGUGGACGACAAUAGCGGGCGUCAGUCGUACCUCUUGUCGCGGCGAGCCCAGGUGAGGGUGACCGAGCUGGUGGCGCAUCUCCUCAGAGUGGCCGACACUUCUGUAGCCAUUCUGGACCACACCACUCUAAUGGGACGCGCUCCGGGACGUACUGAGGUCCAGGUGCUGUCCCCAAUCACAGGCCGGGUCAUAGGCGCCAGGGAGGUCAAGGUGGGGUCAGACAAGGUGUGGGUCAGCCGCCUUCGAGCUGCGGUCAUUUCGGGUCUCACUCUCAGCCUGCAACCUGACAGCCACUUACCAGAUGGCUACUCUGCUAUUACUGCUGUCACCCCGACCCUCACUGCCAAGUACCAGGAAGGCUUGGUGGACGUUUGGGUGGAGAUGAGUGACGGAAUAGUAACACCCCUACGAGAGGUACCCCCGCCACACUACAACCUAAGAGUAAGAUCCCUGGAUGCGGAAGUAGUGGCUGUGGCUCCUUCCCCGCGCUCAGCCCAACCGCGUGUCAUUGCUAUUGGCCACGGCGCUGGUGAUCUGUUGGAGGUCAGCCUGGAGGUGUCUGAGGAGUGUGAGCAGAGGAGGUCAACACUGGCAUCCACCAAGGUCCACGUGAAGAUUGACCUCGGCACCACCCCGCCCCCUCCACCGCCACCCCCUGACAACGAGCUGCGACCUGACCCGGCUGACCCCAGUGUGCUCGAUCUCUCCACGCACAAGCUGAAGGUACACGUGUCGGAGCUGCCCCACGCAGACGCCGCGGCGCCCAACAACCAUCUCAUGCUGAUGGCGGAGCAGCCGCGCCACAACCCCGCACACGCGCGCCUUCACCCAGCGCGCGGAGGCGGCGUGACGCCCCUGGAGGUGGGCAUGUACGUGUUGCUGGCGGUGUUCGGCGCCGCCAUCGUCAUCUUCGCCGCCUCCUACGUGGUAUAUACCUGGAACGUGCGCGGCGGCGCCGGCAAGGUGCGGCGCCCCCCCGCGCCUCUCACCUCCCUCAUCCCCGCCCAGGACUCCGUCACCAACGCCCACGACUGGGUGUGGCUGGGCCGCGCCACGCUGGAGCGCGCUUCGGGCGUGGGCAUGUCGCCACCGCCGCCGCCGCCGCAGACCCAAGGCGGCGGCUCCCUCUUGAUGAGUGAUCUGAACGGCAACACUCCCCCGGCCCCGCCCUCCGCCCACACACAGCGGGCGUCUUGGCGGGGCACGGAGCGCCCCUCCACACAGAUCAACAUCACAGCCAACCCAGCCGCGGAACCCGAGCCCCCUGCGCCCCAGACGGCCCCCUCCCUGGCUGGUGGGUCCACCUUCACCCGCCCCUCCCGCAACUCCCGCCGCGUCACCUUCAACCACCUGGCGGCGGACGACGCCCCCAGCAGCGAGGAGGACCGCCCCCCAGUGCCGCCUCACCGCAACAUUGGUGUCACCGCCCACCCCGGGGAGGGGACCGCCUCACCCCCGCCGCCACCCGUGCCCCCUCACGGCGUGCACGUCAUCGCCAACCCCCUGGACGACCCACACCGACCCCGCGCUGCACCGCCCGCGCCACCCACACCUCCGUCCCCCGAGAUGGACACGCGCUUCGUGGAGGUGAACGCAGAUGACUUCGUGCGGCUGCGUGGGGCGUGCCGUGGGCGUGGCGGGCAGGUGCGGCGCGCCACCAUCAUGGAGAACCCCCUGCUGUCCGCCCACCUCCCUGACAACCUCCCCCACCACCUCGACAACCUCCCCCCACACCUCGACUACGACCAGCUCAUGCAUUACUUCUCCAACCUCAAGGAGUCCAACGCAUGAGCCACCCACCCCACCCCACCCCCACCCCCACCCCCACUACCCUGACCACCACCACCACCACCACCACCACCACCACCACCACCCUUAAAUUCCCAAACCCAAGACGAAUCUCUGAAAAGCUACUCUGAAAACCCUGAAAAUUAUCAAAACUCCCUAGAUAUCCCUAAACUUCAAGCAAUACCCAUAUAAAUCCCUGAAACUGCCGUGAAAAUACCCCAGAUUUCUCUAGAACUACCCUGAAAUACUCCUUAGAAAAUAUCCCUAGUCCCUCAAAGAAAGUUCCCUAAAUACUCUAGUCAUCCCUGAAAUAUAC